ACUGCAGCACCUACGACAACUGCACCACCUACGACAACUGGAGCACCUACUACACCUUCCACUACAGCUACAACUGACGCUCUGACAACAACCACACCUACUACGACAGCUACAACUGAAGCUCCUACGACCACAACAACGACAACUGCAGCUUCUUUAGAUCCUAAAACAGCUACAACUGCAGCAACUACUACAACUGAAGCUACGACAACAACCACACCUUCCACUACAGCUACAACUGACGCUCCGACAACAACCACACCUACUACGACAGCUACAACUGAAGCUCCUACGACCACUACAACGACUGCAGCUACUACGACAACUGCAGCUACUACGACAAUUGCAGCACCUACG